AUGUCCCUGGCCGUCCACCUUUCCAUCCAGGCAGCGGACCUGGCAGAACAGCUGGCCGACCAGUUUUCUGCGAGGCACCUGCUCGAGUACUACAACGACAUCUGGAGCAGUGGGGUCCUACCAGAGUCAUGGCGCACUGCGGUCGUCACCCCGAUCCUGAAGCGGCGGAAGAAAGCCAUGGCCCUCUCCUCGUACACGCCAGUCUCUCUCACCUCAGCACCCUGCAAUGUGCUGGAGAAGAUGGCCUUGGAGCGACUCGAGUGGAUUGCUGGCCAACUUGAGUUCUUUCCGGAACAACUGACUGACUUCAGGCGCCACCGGUGCACAGCCGAUUCCAUUUCCGACGUCGUCGCCACCCUUGAGGAUGCCAAGAGCUGUGGUGACGUGGCGAUGCUGCUCCUGCUAGACGUGGAGAGUGCCUUUGACAGUCUCCCACACGAGGUCGUCGAGACGUCUCUGGACCGACUUGGCGUUCACGGGUGCCUCCGCAGCUUCGUGACUGCCUUCCUGACCGGCAGGACCUUCCGGGUUCGAGUUGGCAAGGAGACCAGCAAACCCAGAGACACCACCGCAGGUGUACAACAGGGCUCCGUCCUGAGCCCCUUCCUGUUCAACCUGGCGAUGGCAGGACUCCCCACUUCUCUUCCGACAGGCACCAGAUUCGCAGCCCACUGCUCUGUCUACGCCGACGACGUGACACUAUGGGCCCGGGGACCCAGGCGGUCCAUUCCAGCCAUCAGGACGUCACUGCAGGCGGCCCUGGAUGUGGUGUCCACCUACCUGAGUGGCAUCGGACUCAAGGUCUCCGCAACCAAGACCGAGGCCCUGCUGAUCCACCCGCUGGCCGCAGCACGACGCUACGUGAAGCAGCUGAGGGUCGGCAACCACAACCUGCCUUGGAAGCUGACAGUACGGCGAGUCCAGGGAGCCAUCAGCAAGCUGCCGCAGCGUGGAUACGGCUGCACAACCAAGCUGGCGCUUCGACUCAACCAGGCUUCAGCGUCCUCAGUCCUGCUGUACGCCUUUCCACUGGUAGACCUGACGCCUGCCAGGAGACUGGACCUGGAGGGACAUCACAGGAGAGCAAUGAGGGACAUCCUGGGGCUCCCCAGGUACUCCCCUGUGGCAGCGACCCUGGCCGAGGCUGGAGAGUGGCCCCUGUCACUGCACAUGCUCCAGCGUGCUCUGGGGCACGUAGACCGCCUACACCGUGCUGCCGACAGCAGAACCCUCCUGGAGCGACUUCGCAGCCAGUCGAGGUCACGGAUGGGUGGUCUCUGUGCACUCUACCACCAGAUGGUCCCGGACCCGCCAGUCCCGGUGGCCCCUCCACCACCCCACCACCAGCCUGAAGUCCACCUGUACCUGGACGGGGUAACCAAGCGCCGAACACCUGCUGCAGCACUGCAACAGGCCGCCGUCUCCAAGCUCCAGCAGCAACUGGCAGGGCGGCUCCAGGUCUUCACUGACGGAUCCGUCAUGCCAGACGGUUCAGCGGCGGCCGCCUGCGUCAUCCCAUCCCGGGCCGUCAGCAGGCAGUGCCGACUGCCCUUCCCGGCGAGCUCGACCGCUGCGGAGCUGGCAGGGCUACACCUGGUGGUGGACCUGCUGGCCGAGGACGUUCCGGCUCAACCGGUCGGAGUCCUGUGUGACAGCAAGGCAGCCCUGCAGACACUGGCCAACCAUCGCCGUGCCGGGCUCACGGGGAGUCUCCUGGCAACCAAGUACCGGGCCCUAGCAGCAGCCGGGAC